AAUAUAAGUUAGCUACCCCAAGUUGUAGAUGUUUUCUCACCCUUCUCUCAACAGGUACAGAGUCCUCCUCCCAAUUUCUUCAGGCAACAGUACUGAGACAUGGAUCAAGAUGACUCCAAAACUCUUCUUGAAUCUCCUCUGAUUCCUAAAAAGGGUCAUGACCAUGGUGGUGAAAUAACCAACAAAUGUUUUGAUAUUCCAGAUACUAUUGCAGAGCUCAAAAUGCAAUUGAAGUUGGCAGGUCCUUUGGUUGUGGUCAGUUUUUUGCAGUACAGUUUACAGAUGAUAUCGGUUAUGUUCGUUGGCCAUCUCGGAGAACUCUCUCUUUCGAGUGCUUCUAUGGCUACUUCAUUUGCAGGAGUUACAGGUUUCAGCUUCAUGUUGGGAAUGGGAAGCGGAUUGGAAACGUUCUGUGGACAAGCCUACGGAGCAAAGCAGUAUCAUAUGCUUGGCAUUCACAUGCAGAGAGCUAUGCUUGUGGUUGUGCUACUGGGGAUUCCUAUAUCAGUCCUCUGGGCCUACUCAGGGUACAUUUUCACUAGCUGUGGACAAGACUUGGCGAUUUCAACACACGCGGGAAUAUAUGCUCGUUGGUUGAUCCCUAGCAUUUUCCCUUAUGGCAUCCUCCAGUGUCAACUAAGGUUCUUGCAGGCUCAAAAUAGUGUGAAGCCAUUGAUGAUAAGCACUGCCUUUACGAGCUUAGUUCAUGUCUUUGCGUGUUGGACUUUGGUUUUUCGAGUUGGAUUUGGCAACAAAGGUGCUGCCCUGUCCAAUGCCAUCUCUUACUGGAUCAAUGUACUGAUUUUGGCGAUUUAUAUCAAGUUUUCGCCUUCAUGUCAAAAGACUUGGACAGGAUUUUCUAAGGAGGGUAUGAAGAAUCUUGUCGGCUUUCUUUCAUUAGCUGUUCCUUCAGCUCUUAUGGUCUGCUUGGAAAUGUGGUCAUACGAAUUUUUGGUUCUUAUGUCUGGUCUUCUUCCCAAUCCAAAGCUAGAGACAUCAAUGAUGUCAAUCAGCCUUAACACAAGUUCAGUGGUCUUCAGAAUCCCAUUUGGUUUUGGCAGUGCAGUAAGCACGAGAGUGUCAAAUGAACUAGGUGCAGGGCAGCCAUGUGCUGCACGACUUGCAGCCCGGGUUGUGAUAUUCCUUGCUGUUGCAGAGGGCUUCUUAGUGAGCUUGGUUUCAGUGGCAGUGCGAGGCGUUUGGGGCUAUCUGUACACCAAUGAGGAGGAAGUUGUAAAAUACUUGGCUUGCAUAAUGCCAGUGCUUGCCACUUCCAACUUCAUGGAUGGGAUUCAGACUGGGCUCUCAGGCAUAGCAAGAGGAUGUGGUUGGCAGAAGAUUGGUGCAUUUGUGAAUCUAGGAGCAUAUUACCUUGUGGGCCUUCCUUGUGCAAUUAUCUUAACUUUUGUUUACCACUUAGGGGGAAAGGGUCUUUGGAUGGGAAUCAUUAGUGGGAGUGGUCUGCAAGCAUUACUACUUUUAGCUAUCACCAUGCGCACAGAUUGGGAGCAACAGGCAAGGAUGGCGAGGGAUAGAGUUUAUUCUUCCAGCAUCCCCAUAGAUAUGGCAUCAUGAUGAAAGCCAUUUAAGGGAGUUCAGUGAUGCAAAAUUAGAAAUUUUUACACUGUCUAGGACUAUAUGAUCCCGGUCAAUCACAUACGUCCAUGUAUGUAAUUGUGUCAAAUUUUUGUAAUUUUUUAUUUAUGUGACCGCAUGUAUUUAGCUGGGACCAUAUAGUCCCGGAUCUUGUAAUUCCAAACCAUGUAAUAAUAUUUUAUCGUUACAAAACAUCAAAAUGUGCAAUGUAUUCCAUAA